GUUUCAGCCACCAUGGCCAAUAUAUACCCAAUUUUCCUGUUGCUGAUGCUCCGAUUACUUCUUGUUGAAGCAAAAGGACCAGAUUUGUCCGGUCGAGUUGUUCAUGCAAUUAACUGCGGCGGACGACGUCACCAAGGGGCAUAUGGCAUAGUUUACCAAGAGGAACGAAAUACAGAAGGCAUUGCAUCCGACUACGGGACAAGGUGGGCCUUUCCAAAUGCGCCUGAAGAAGAUAGACCACUCUAUGAGACAGAGCGAUAUCAUGGUGGUGAUAUGACUUAUGUUUUUGAUAUUCCCAAGGAGGGUAGCUAUGUGAUCAUACUGAAGUUCUCCGAGGUUUACUUCCAAGGGCCUGGACAAAAGGUCUUUCAUGUGAACGUCAACGACAUUCCUGUAAAGAGAAGCCUGGACAUUUUUCAAGAAGCGGGAGCUACUGGUGCGGCACAUGACAUAUAUGUGGAUGUGUUUGCACAGAAGAGCGAACUCAUAAUCGGAGAUAUGAUUGCUGAAUUUGACGGCAAACUCACCAUAAAGUUGACACCUGUGGUCGACAACCCGAAAAUCAAUGCAAUAGCAAUUCUUACGGGAAAGUCUGACACUCUUCCUGCGCCUCCACCACCAGUCACCUAUGAAGAUCCAAGUAGACGUCGUCGGACAAAACCUGUUGAAGAAGAAUACGAGGAAAUGGAGUACGUCGAGCCACAGCGCGCUUGGGAGGAACCAGUACGGGAGUUUGCCAGCGGUCCACGUUCUCGAGAUCCAUUUGAAGACAAGAACGACAACGUUUUCGUGUAUCUGGGUGUGACACUUGUUUGCUUAUUACCGGUUGUCGCCUUUCUCAUGCACAUGUGAUGGAAACAAAACACAACUACAUAUUUCCAGAAGUUGUGUUGUUUCAUUUGUUAUAUGGGUAUUUUCUCUUAUGUACCGUUGUUUCUGUAUACACAAGUAAUUGUUUGGGAAGAGAUGCGCUGUUUUCUCGCCAUCUUCAAAUUGUUGACGUCUGUUGCUUUACUGGGUUCUCGCCCAAGGUGAUUGUUGAUAUCAUAGGCUAUGAUGGGUAAUAAAUUAUUUCUAUAGA